UUCAAAGAUCGAGCGAGAGAGCGAGCUCCUCAAUCACGUUUGGGGGGCACUGGGUCCCCCCCCAUUUUUGUUUUGAUGGAUAGACUCGGAAAUACCUCCAGCUGUUCUCCUGGGCGCACCACGUUCCGUUGCAGAUCUCCUUGAGACUUCCCCUCUCGUUAUUAUUCUUCUAUUAUUUUAUUUUUACCUGCUUCAAGACUUUUUUUUUAAUUUCCAGAUGUUAGUCCACACUUACUCCGCCAUGGACCGGCACGAUGGCGUGCCCAGCCACAGCUCCCGGCUCUCCCAGCUGGGCUCGGUCUCGCAGGGACCUUACUCCAGCGCCCCUCCGCUGUCUCACACCCCGUCCUCGGAUUUCCAGCCACCCUACUUCCCGCCACCCUACCAGCCUCUUCCUUACCACCAAAGCCAGGACCCUUACUCCCAUGUCAAUGACCCCUACUCCCUGAACCCUCUGCACCAGCCCCAGCAGCACCCUUGGGGACAAAGGCAGAGGCAAGAGGUGGGCUCCGAAGCCGGCUCGCUGCUGCCCCAGCCUCGCGCUUCUCUGCCGCAGCUCUCGGGACUGGACCCCCGGAGGGACUACCACUCGGUCAGGCGGCCAGACGUCCUGCUCCACUCGGCCCAUCAUGGCCUGGAUUCCGGCAUGGGCGACGCGCUCUCUCUCCACGGCAUCGGGCACCCCGGCAUGGAGGACGUGCAGUCAGUAGAAGAUGCCAAUAACAGCGGCAUGAACUUGUUGGACCAGUCUGUCAUCAAAAAAGCCCGAUCCUAUGCUUGCUUACUCGGAAGUAAGUCCCAGUGUGUUCAACGGCGCUUACUCCCAGUUCCAGUUCCUCCAAAAUCGGUCACUUCCCUGAUGAUGAACAAAGAUGGCUUCCUCGGUGGUAUGUCUGUGAAUACAGGUGAAGUGUUUUGCUCCGUGCCUGGGCGGCUGUCCUUGCUCAGUUCAACUUCCAAGUACAAAGUAACUGUUGGAGAAGUUCAAAGGCGCCUCUCGCCUCCAGAAUGCUUGAACGCCUCACUCCUUGGAGGAGUACUUAGAAGGUCAGUAUUGUCUACACUGACUGGCAGCGGCUCUCCGGGGUUUCAGACAGUGGGCUUUCCCAGCCCUACCUGGAGAUGCCAGGGAUUGAACCUGGGACCUUCUGCAUGCAAAGCAGAUGCUCUACCACUGAGCUACAGCCCCUCCCCCUCCAAUGGAGAUACAAGAGCCAAAUCGAAAAACGGGGGCAGAUCGUUGCGAGAGAGGCUAGAAAAAAUCGGUUUGAAUUUACCCGCCGGCAGGCGCAAAGCGGCAAAUGUCACUUUACUCACCUCCCUGGUGGAAGGAGAAGCUGUACAUUUAGCUCGGGAUUUUGGAUACAUCUGUGAAACUGAGUUCCCAGCCAAAGCGGUUUCCGAGUACCUGAACAGACAGCACACAGAUCCCACUGAUCUCCACUCCAGGAAGAAUAUGCUGCUUGCCACAAAGCAACUUUGUAAAGAAUUCACAGAUCUCUUGGCCCAGGACAGGACGCCCAUUGGCAAUAGCAGGCCCAGCCCCAUUUUGGAACCAGGGAUUCAGAGCUGCUUGACUCACUUCAGCCUCAUCACCCACGGCUUUGGCUCCCCAGCCAUAUGCGCUGCCCUGACUGCUCUCCAGAACUACCUGACUGAAGCUCUCAAAGGCAUGGACAAGAUGUUCUUGAACAACAACUCUGCUAACAGGCACACUUCUGGGGAAGGACCAGGUAGUAAAACUGGAGACAAGGAAGAGAAGCACAGAAAAUGAAAAAAAAAAUGAAGCUAAUGAAAUUAGGAAAAAAAUUUAAAGGAAAAGCAGAGAGAGAGAGAGAGAGAAAUCUUUUUAAAAAACAUUUUAAUUUUAGCUUUAAAGAUAUUGGAUUGGGCUUUGGAAGAAUUAUACUAGAUAGGUCACACCCGCAAAGAUUUUUUAACAAAGGAAAAAUAAGGUCAGAGGCGCACAAUGGAACAGGAACAGUGGCUCAAUGGCUUUUGCAAAGGAACUUUUGAAGACAACUUCCAGGAGUUUCCACUUCUGUCCUCCCACAGUCUUUUUUUAUGAUUGAGGGGAGUGGGGUUGAAAAAUAACCCAAAUAAUAAUAGGUGAAAGCAAUCAAUAACUGAUUGGAAGAACUGUGUUGAUAAUGUUGAUAUGUUGGCCAAGAUACAUAGUCUGUUUUUGUUUCUUUUCUUUUUCUUUUUUUUUUUUUAAAUGUUGCUAUCUAAAGUAGAAAAAGCAAAAACCUUUUAAGGGGAAGGAUUUAUUUUAUAUUUAAAGGUUGAGUUCAGAGUGAAGUUUCCUGCUUUCCUCUUCAAUCAACUGUAGCCCCUUAAUUUGUAUGACACCUUGCCAUUGCCACUCUGUGUCAGAAUAGCUAGACCCAAACUCUUCCAAUAGUCUCUGAAGGUUGCUUAACAGAGGGAAAUGGGGAAAAAACCAAAUCUACUCUCUGGGUCUGUCUAGACUAGGUGCCAUUGAGGAGAAGGACAAACCCACUGUAUGCCCAGAUAACUGGCCGAGGUUGUGAGUUUCAAACCAUGCUAGCUAACUAGGCUGGUACUGAGUGCUCCAAAGUCAAUAUAGACUAUUUGCUUAAAUUUUCAAUAUUUACUGAAAACUAGUUAUUUAGCAUAUUUGAUCCUCAGUGUCUGAGUCUGCAGUUUCCAAUUAUCACUGGCUGUAAGAGUGUGCAGAGUUUUCACAUUAGGUCUAAUGCUGACAAUACCAGCAGAAUCUACCCUUCCAGUAGAGUGUCUGGAAUAUUAUACUGGAAUUUCUUCCAUGGAGAAAUACAUGUGAAAAAUGUUAAGCAAGUAUGCAGAAGGUGUAAAGAGAAGAAGAAAAGGCUCCAUAUUAGCCUGCUUGAGAGCUGAAGAUGUGGGCGGGGGGACCAUAAAUACCUGCAUACAUGUUGCUAUCAGAUGCAACUUUUUCAUGUGUAUUUCUUCCCUGAGGAGGACAAAUGUUCCAUCAGAACUGAUCCCAUAUUUGAAACUAGUACGACCUAUUUUCAAGGCAGUUGGCCCAGCCUGACCAUCCCCGGGGGGUGCAGAACUUCUGAUGUACUCAUGGAGCUAACUCUUGGGAGGGGACAACUCAAAUCACCAAGAUGCAGAUGGAGGUGUUCUACUGAAGUGACUAGAAAAGCCCAGUUCUGUAGGAGCUUAAUGUGUGCAUUGGGAAUGCACAUGGGACUCUAGGACUGAGAUGCCAAUCUGCUAAUUCUUGCUCAGAAUUUAUGUGAUCCAAAUUGCCAACAAAUGCUGUUCUCUCCCUUUUAACACGUCUCAGAUCACUCACACACAAACUCCAUGCACUUAUUCUUCCUUUCCUUUUUCGUUUUCUUUUUUUCUUUUAAAGAAGUGUUAGUAACAGGAAUGUCUUGAUGAGUAUGUAAUUUCCUUCUCAGGAAUAUGCACCCUUUUUAUUUUCUUCUGUUUCCCAAAGCUUUGCCCGCUUGGCUUAUGAGCUUCUUCAAAGAGGACUAGAACUCCCUACACAUUUCAUCAGGUACAGAGAUGAAAAUCCACAAUUGUGACACUUUUUCCUUUUCAAAUCAAAGCCAGUUGUUUUGGAAUUCUGCAGGUGUACUUCUUUAAAGAAGCUCAAAGGGAAUAGAUUAAACAAGGCAAAGGUAACUGAAUGGGUGGUGUAAGACUGAGAGGCAAAUGCUGUUUUCUCCAAUAUAUAGAAAAAUGCUUUGGGGAGGGUCAGUAGUAUUUAAUGCACAGAAUAAAGCAGGUUUGCUAAGUGUUUAGAGGGGAACGGGUGGGACUGAAGGAAAAGAGAACUGUGAUUUCUAAGUCAGGAUCUCAUUUUAAGGAAAUCUGUUUUCUCCAGAUUAUAAAUGGAGUUUUGCAGCUUUUGACUUGGAAGGCAAAGAGCAAGUCAUUUGCGGGGUGGGGGUGAGAAAUCAAUCAACUUCCAGGCAUAUACAUAAAAUAAGUGCAUUACAGUAUAUUUUAUAAAUGAGGUUUUCAAAAUGUCUUUAUCUCCUUCUUUGGAAUCAUGCUUAAGUGCAAGAAGAUGAAUUUCACCCUGCAUGUUAUCAGCUUGGAAAAAUGUUGUUGACUUUACAGUGGCUAUAGAGUUUCAUGCAUUUGGAAAAAAUCAUUUCCCUUUUGUCAAAACAGCUUAUGUCUCUGCAUCAUUUUGGCCUAAUAUACUGAAUUCAUUCUAGAUAAUAGGAUAGAGAUACUUUAAGUCUGCUAUCUUGAUCCUAUACACAUACAUGGUUGCAGGUACCAUUAAUGUUGGUGGAACUUAAUUCCACUUAAGGAUGCUUAAUGACUUGAGUCCAUGGCCAUUCAUUUCACUGGGAUCAACUUUGCCCUUGGAAUUCAGUUUGCAAACACAGUUUAGAUCUUUGCAGCUUUCAGUAAGAAGAGUGCAUAUAGUGUAAACAGAGGCGCUCUUACCUCUAGACUUUGGGGCCAAAGUCCAGGGCCUCCACACCCCCUGGGGGUCCCCCAAAUCCUCUUUAGUUUGUCCUGGGUGGUGUGGUUUGUGACCUCAAUAACCUACAUGUUGAAAAAUGAUGCUUAACUUGCAGC